CGUCAACGAAGUUAACGAACAGGCACCGCCCGGGGCCGCCCAACCGCCCACUAAUUAUCCGCUUCCGGGGUUUCUGCCAUCAGAAAUCCAAUCUCGCGACCAUUACAGAGGCAAAGACCGCCCUAGAAAUGGAGAUCGAGUCGCCUCGCUCACCCAAACGGCGGCGCAUUCUCGCUUCCAUCAACCCUCCAGACAGCGACGUCGAAGACGACGACGACGACGCAGCCAAAAGAAGGCGCAAGCGCCAUCGCAAACCGUCAGCCUCCGUUUCUGCCUUUGGCAGCGAUGACGACCGGGAGCCCUACGCCAACGAUCACGACAUGCCGGCUAAGCGCCCAAAUGAGAAACAAGAAGACCGCGAUGGCACGGCACCAAGACCAACCAAGUUCCGCUUCAAAUCAAAACACUCUCAUCGGUCCUCCUCCAGACGCCAGCGCGAAGAAGGCGACGACGAUCUAGACGACCGCCCCCGCCGUCACCGCCAUCAUCACCGCCAUCGAUCCUCAGACAGAGAUGGGGCAGACAGCGAAAAGCCCCGCCGCCACCACCACCGCCGCCGACACCACCGUCCGCGCUCGCCCUCCCAGUCAAGAGCCCAGACAAGAAAGGCCAACCCGUUUGAGCAAGAACAAGCUCUCGAUCCAGAAACAGCCUUUCGCGAAUCCCUCUUUGACGCCCUCGCAGACGACGAAGGCGCCGCUUACUGGGAGGCCGUCUACGGCCAGCCCAUCCACAUCUACGCUCCCCCGACUUCCCAAAGAGGAGGGAGCAACAGCAAUAAUGGCGGCGGCGGCGGCGGCGAGUUGGAGCGCAUGAGCGACGAAGAGUACGCGGCGUACGUGCGGCAAAAGAUGUGGGAGCGGACACACGCAGGCUUGCUGGAGGCGCGGGCGCGGCGGGAGCGGGAGCGCGAGGAGGAAGCGCGGCGCGCCGAGGAGGCACAGCGCAUCGCCCGCGAGAUGGAGAGGAGUCUGGCGCGCGGGGAGGAAAGGCGCCGCAGGAAGGCCUGGCGCGAGCAGUGGGACCGGUACACGACCCGCUGGGCGGAAUGGGACGCCGAGGGUGGAGGUGGUGGAGUGGAAGGGAUUCCUUGGCCCGGGGAGGAUCGUUGCUCUGCAGAGGGGGUCAGGGCCUUCUUUGUCAACGGUUUGGGAUUGCAGGAGGUUGGAGAGAAAGAGUUCCUCGCGCGCUUGAAGGAGGAGAGGGUCAGGUGGCACCCGGACAAGAUCCAGCAGCGGCUUGGGGGCAAGGUGGAUGAGGAGGUCAUGCGGAAGGUGACGGGCAUUUUUCAGGCCGUGGAUGCGUUGUGGAAUGAUACCCGGAGGAACGCUAGUUAGGCGCAAAGGGCGCUAGCAAGUUGAUACAGACUUGCCUUUGCUUUGGAUAAUACCAAGUGCAUCAUGCCUUCCUUCCUUCAGCAUGGACUGCCAAAUCCAGCGGUGCGAUUAGGAAGAAGCAGGCAUGUACCUGCUGUUAGUUUAGCCCAAUUUUGUCACGUUAAAAUUGUCCUCUCGACUACCCAUCUUAACAAUUUGGCCGCUCAGUACCUAUCGUGCCAAAGAGGAUGCUUCCACCUCUCGUCAGCAGGCAUGAAAUCGGGGCAGGUAC